AUGCUCAACCUCCUCGGCUCGCUCACCAAGAACGGCUGGCGCGAGACCUUCCGCAUACUCCGCCACUCUGAGAACACAAUCUGCAAGCGGGCGUUCCCGCCUCGCAAGGAAUACGCGCACAUCCGGCGGCGCGAUCGCAAAGGCCGCAAGAUGCGGGCGACGGCGUUUCAGCUGGUUGAAGAGCAGCAGGGAAGCGAAGCGACGAAGACGUAUAGACGGGUGGACGACGGUGGGGAGGUCGAAGAUGACAAGGUCAAAGAGCUUGUUUUGGAGAGGAAGACUGUGCGAGACCCACACCGAAAGGCAACGCAACACCAACACACCGCCGACUGCCAGCUAAACCCAAUGGCGAGAGACGCAAUCCACUGA